GACGGCCCAGGGAGCGCGUCGCGGCGGCGAGAGGUCCACUUUUCCCGACGCAGCGGGACGGGCUUGUACGAAGCGGGCGAGCGAGCGCGCGCGUGAGGCAUGGCGAAUCUGGGACCUAUGCCGCCGCUGCUUCUGGUGCUGGUAUUGAUCGUGGCGUCGGCCGCGGUUCGGGCGCUGCUGGUGCGGCCCGCGCGGGACGCCCAUGGCGGUGCCACGGGGUCUGGAGGCGACGACGACAACAACAACCUCAGCGACAGGACCAGGCCCAAGCUCAUCGUGGUGCUCGUCCAGGGAGUUCGCGCCGACUAUGUCGAUCACGAGGUCCACACGGGGUUCGAGAGGCUGGCCAGGGCGGGCGUCCGGGCAGAGUACGUGCUGCCCGUGUUCCCGUCCAGCCCGUACCCCAACGCUUACAGCAUCGCCACUGGCCUGUUCCCGGAGUCCCACGGUAUCGUGGACGACUACAUGUACGACUCGGAGCGGCGCGAGUUUUUCCUGGGCCUGCCGCACGAGCACGCUGCCAGCGCCCACUGGUGGGACAUGGCCGAGCCCGUCUGGCUGGCCGCCGAACGGCGCCGCCUGCGCUCGGCGGUGUACUGGUGGCCCGGCUGCGAAGUGGCACUGAACGAGACGCGGCCGGCCAUCUGCAUGCCACACCGGAGCCCCCACGGCUGGCACGCCCUGGACGCUGACUUCAGGCGAAAGCUGGACGAGGUGCUCGAGGUGUUCGACACCGACGAGCUCAGCCUCGCCAUGCUCUACUACGGCGCCGUCGCGUACGCUGGUCACUUUCGAGGUCCCGAGAGCAAAGAACGUCACAAGGCUCUGUUGGAAUUCGACAAUCACCUCAACUACCUCCUGGACAAGCUGGAGGCGUUGAAUCUCACUGAAAAAGUGACGUUGAUGGUCGUCUCCGACCACGGAAUCGCGAACACGUCUCCGGACUCAACCACGCCGAUUCAUUUGGAGAAAUACUCGCCUUUCAUCAAGUAUAUGCUCAACUUUGGUUCGCAUGCCAUGGUGCUGCCAAGAAAUGACAUGUUUCUGCCGCUGCGCCGAACUCUGCUGGACGCUCACAUCGAGGGCCUGCAGGUGUACACCAAGGAAGAACUCCCCGACAGGUACCACGUGAAGCACAGCUCGCGGGUGCUGCCGCUCUACUUACUCACCACGCCCAAGUACUUCAUUCUCCCGCUUGGGGAAAGCAGCAAGACAAAAUUGAAUCACAAAAAGAAGUUUCUCGGAUACCACGGUUAUGAUCCGGAACUUCCGCAAAUGAGGACGAUAUUCUACGCUCAAGGACCUGGAAUUAAGAGGAACCACGUACUCAAGCCUCUGGUGAACGUCGACCACUACAACUUCAUGUGUCGAGCUCUGGGUCUGGAUCCGCGACCGAACAACGGUUCCUGGUACCGAAUGAACGAAGGGCUGGUCGAGUCUGGGCUUGACUUCCCGAAGUUCGGGAGCUCUAUGUACGGAGGGAACUUGGGCCAGAUCUUGCGACCAAGCUCACAGCACGCAGCCUUCAUCCUGCUGGUCACGACCCUCGACCGGUUGGUCUCAACGUGAGAUGUGCGAAGGCAGCGGAGUGAAACGAACGUGCGAGAGACGAUUCAGGAGGAGGACUGUGUCGAUCACGCGAACAGCGAAGGAUUUCAAGCCCGAUGAAAAGCCCCAGAGUGAACACAGAAGUUACAACGCACACACUAAUCUUUUUUUCUUUUUUUUUGAAGACAGCAGGGGUAAGUGGAAAAUAACCCAGAGGGUUGAACUUGUAAACGGGUCUGUAAUUUGCGCAUGUGAAUGAUAAGGAAUGUUUUUUUGGAAGGACAGUUCAACCAGUCUUGCAAGCUGUACAUUGCUUUAUCAAAGGCGCGAGAGCGUAACUCUCCAAAAUAUUGUGUUCUUUAUUUCGCGAGCGCUCGCGCGAGAAAAUACCUUUCCAGAGGCACUCACCAACAGGUAGCCGCAGAACGUUGUACGGAAAUCGAGCUUGAAACCCUCACCCUGAGAAUCAACGAGAGAAUAACGGACGCAGCAAAUUGUUCAUUUAGCAAGAAAUAUAAGCAUGUGUGCGUGAUCCGACUUCGGAAUUGGAUGGAAUUCUAUUUUCUUGCGGCCUUGCUACUCGUAAUUCUAAUGGCACGCAGGUAUGUCAGCCUUCCUAAAUGUUAAAAUAGUUCUAGACGCUUUUUUUCUAAUGAUAUUUAUUUUUUAAACGAGAAACCAGUAUGUGACAAAUACAACAUAAAAUGUGGGUCAAUGUGUAGACCCAAUAUUUGUUUAAGAAUCGGGAUUUUACUACUUGUUUACAUAACUACAGCCUGGAAUCAGUGUGCAAUAAUCACGUGGUCUCAAUAUAAGUUGAGCUGUAAAUACUGUUUCAUAAUUCUCCCUUCUUGACGCGAUAAAUGUGUAUGCUAUGAAUGCUGGGUGACUGGGACUCCGGCUUGUUCUAAAUGUAAAGUUCAGUAGGAUUCAAUAGAAACGCUACCACAUGAGCAACUUCGCCCUCGUAACUCGAAAAGGCAGCUGUUAACAGAUGCUGCAUUCGCGUGCACCACGAUCGAUAAUCUUCCCCGCAUCUCACCUUUCCCAACAAAAUCAAUCACUCAGACGUCGCCGAAGGCGACAAGUUCAAAAAGGCGAUUACUAUUACGUCUUUACGUGUUACAUGUGCUUCCAGUGAUCAAUCGCUCGUUCAUCAUAUAAACACUGUGAAUCGUUGAACAUUUUCGGACUUUAUAUCCUGUUAAUACUGUUCUUGCACUGUGCUCUUCUCAGCAUGUAACUGUUAUGACUGUCUUAACAUUGCACACAAAAUUCGGACUGGCGAGAAAAUGCCGAUUCGUGGGUAGAAAAAGACGAGACAUUUUUAUAAAUGCCACUGAGUUUCUGCACCUCGUAUAAUCGCAGCAAUGGGUGCCCAUGCAACGCGUCACUACUUGAAUAGAGGCCACGUUCCUUUGCAGAAGGACGUAAAUGGAGCGAUAUGAAGUCGCGAUGUAUCGUGAGUGGCGAAUUCUGGUGACAGUUCGUUGGCAGUAUUGUGUAUGCAACCAUAGCCAGAUUUCAUAAUUUCUAUCUAUAAAACUGGCCGUGGUAACAAGCUCGAUGCUGCAAACUGUUGCUAACGGCGCGCGCGCUGCGUACGCGAUUAGGCCGACGUCAGCUUUACCUGAAGGCUUCUGUAUUCCAUCGCUCAUUUGCAUGUUUAUUGUGUUUGUGGAUGUCGCUGGUAAUGACAUUGCAAAACUGAACACAACUUUUUAAACACACAACUAACGUGCGCGUUCAUUGCUACCCUUACCCCUUUAAAAAGAAAUACAAUGAAGAUUGUUUUGUUUUUAGAUUCUUCGGUCGCAAUCUUCUCACACUGCGCACACUUGCGCAUAUUUGAAGGGCCUAUAUUUAUAAACCCGACAUGACUAUCAAUCAUCGCGAUAAUCACAAUCCUAUAUUGUUUGUGCCUCCAACUGUCUACACAAAGUUACAUAACCUAGAAACAAUUGAGAAGGAAAGGUUACACAACACCUUAAUACCAAAUAAAAUGCCAAAAAAAAAAGACAAAUAUUUUCGAAAGAGAUUAAAAAUAAGUUUAUGUAUAUAUCACAACACGUGUACGAAAUGUUAUGUGAUACUGAACCGGCAAUAAAAAUACCACAAAGA